CCAAGGCCACUCGGAAUGCGAUUGCCAGCUCCCGCUCUCCUUCAACGCAGAAUCUCAUCUCUCCACCUGUAGACGAAUAUCUGAUUUGGGUUCACCACUGCUUAUCAUGUUGGAGGAGGAGGAUAUAUUUGCUGAAACAAUUGAAGAAGUUGCACCACCACCGAAUGGAUUUUCACCUGAAAUCAAACUGAGCCGGAGAGAGCAAUUACCACUUGCAGAGCAUGAAUCUGAUCUGGGACUUCCACAGAGCAUUCAGCCCCAGGAGGAAGAAGAAGAAGACGACGAAGAAGAAGAAGAAGAGAAGCUUAUGGAGAAGAGUGCAAAAAGUAUGAAGAAGAAAGCAAAGAGAGCACUAAGUGCGCGCUCAGAUCAGUACGGGGCCACAGUCAUCCUGAUAUCAAAUAUAAGCCUAAGAAAUUUCCAGAUGCUUAUAGUGCUGAUUUUAAAGCGACACAGAAAAGACUUAUAAAAAGAGCUGCAUUGCAGUUGGAACAAUGUGACGACAAUCAGUGUGAAGAUGGUUCUGAAGAUAGUGGCACUGAUAGUGAUGAAGAAAUUCAGGUUCCAGCAAAACAUUAUUGGUUGGAUAUAUGUUUGGGUGUAUGGGGAAAGGAAGAUGAUGCUGAUAUUAUAUCCCAAGUGAAAGCUACAACACAACUUUUUGAAAUUUUUACAAAUGGUUCAUAUGAUGUCAAGGGAGAUUCUGGUUGUGGGGCUAUUUUACAUGACUUUCAUCAUAGACCAAUAGUUGCCAGGUCGAAGGUGUUUUCUGUAGGGAAGUGUGUCUCACCAUUUAUUCUACAGUUGGAAGGGGUUGCUUUAGGGGUAAAACUUGCUAUGCAGUAUGACGCUUUUCCUUUCUAUCUUUACUGUCCAUCUGAAAGUGUUUGUUACUUUGUUGAGCAAAAUUGGAGCCGCAAAGGUAAGUGUCGAUGUAGUGGCAUAUGGGAAACUGUCGAAAAUCGCUGCAAAGCUUGUUCGAAACGGCUGAUGUUUCAUGGAGAUCACAAAGACCAUGAAGCUGCUUUUGAACUCACCGAAGGUAUUUUCUCAGAUAUUUCUAAACUUAAGAGGCGAGGUCUACCUUGGUUCUCUAUGCGUGACAGUGAAAAGAAUGUGGCUGCAUAUCAUGUCGCAAGUCUUCUACAAGAUAAGGACUAUAAACUAAAGGAAAUUGGGGAGUUGAAGGAGCUGUGGGACAUAAUCUAUACAGAAGCCUUUGGGAUCUUUUUUGAAUAAGCCUUCUGUCCUAUGCUCGUUUUGCCAGGACAGGAUUUGAACUAGUAGACAAUGUGUAAUAUCCAGGAGUUGCAUCCACAAAUCUCUUUCAGCUGCAACUUUGCAGAAAAAACUCAUGUUAACAGUGAACGGAAAUAGAUCUUUCUCACCUGCUCUUGGUUAGCAGGUGAGUUUUUUGUUUAUUUUUGGUGGUACAGUCUUUUGUACCCUUUCUUUGAUCAACAUAUUUUCCUUUAUCGGUCAAAAACAGAAAACAAAUAAUUACAGUGCUGAGCAAAGAUUAAAAGAUUAUUACAUUGUACAUAAACAACUAUGAUAAAAUCUUCUUAUACACAGUAAUAAUAUAUAUGAGAAAACUUGAAAAUCUUCUCAUAAACUUGAUAUAUGAGAGACAAAAGAGAACCUAUUUCCGAAACUAGAACGGCUUAAGUACAUCCUAUAAAUAUUGUUUGUUUUUCAGUCAUACAUGU